GUUACCCAGCUCCAUAAACUCAGUAGUUUAGUUGGAAUUGAGAAGCGAGACAUGAAAAUGAGAAAUAUGGAAUUCCCUAACAAAAAGCGUUGAUUUUGCUCAAUUUGAUCAACAUUGAAGAAUCCAUUUACCCAUCUCCAUUUGGCUGAAUUGGGAAAAGAGCUACUUUACUAUCGCGCGUUUAUGCAUCUACAUUUGCAUAGCUGCAUCGCUGAACUAUUUUAAACUAUUGUCAAAGUAGCCACAUUGGAGUGAAGCGCUCGCUCAAUACGGUGCAGAGCGGUGUGUGAGUGGCUGCGUGCCCCACCCUGAAGAAGAGAGGAGUGAUGGAGGUGUGGAGCAGCGAAGAAGAAAAGGGUCUGACUGAACUGGAGGGCUCGACAGGCACCAUGAUAGCCUUGAACUCCUCCAGCCACCUCCUCCUCUACUAUGAUGCUGCUAACCACACCAACUACACCACCACCAACAACAUCACCUAUUUCCCUUACUACCAGCACUCCCUCCCUGUGGCUGCUAGCUUCAUCCUAGCCUACCUGUUCAUCUUCCUGCUGUGCAUGGUGGGUAAUGUGCUGGUGUGUCUGAUCGUGCUGGGGAACCGCCGCAUGAGAACCGUCACCAACCUUUUCAUCCUCAACCUGGCGGUCAGCGACCUGUUGGUGGGCAUUUUCUGCAUCCCCACAACGCUGGUGGACAACCUCAUCACAGGCUGGCCGUUUACCAACACUGUGUGUAAACUGAGUGGUCUGGUGCAGGGGAUGUCUGUGGCUGCCUCAGUCUUCACCCUGGUGGCCAUCGCAGUGGACAGGUUCCGCUGCAUUGUGUACCCUUUUCAGCCCAAACUCACCCUCCUAGUUGCCAAGGCGACCAUAGCGAUGAUCUGGGUUCUGGCCGUGGUAAUCAUGUGUCCCUCAGCAGCUGCCCUGACCGUGGAGGAGGUGGCUGAUCACUACAUGGUUUACAGCCAGAACUACAACAUGACCUACCCCCUGUACUCCUGCUAUGAGAACUUUGCUGACCCGAAGAUGAGAAAGGUCUACACCACGGUUCUGUUCGCACACAUCUACUUGGUGCCCCUGACUCUCAUCACCGUCAUGUACGGGCGCAUCGGGGUGAAGCUCUACACCUCUGUGGUGUCAAGCAGAGAACCUCAGGAUGCAGCACCUCCCCCCCCCCCAGCCAGGCAUGAGGGGGGAAGGCCACAGAUCUCCCAGAAGAAGAUCAAGGUGAUCAAGAUGCUGAUUGUGGUGGCCUUGCUGUUCAUGCUGUCCUGGCUGCCGCUGUGGACUCUGAUGCUGCUGACGGACUACGGAGGGUUGGGAGAGGAACAGCUGGAGCUCCUCACUGGAUACAUCUUCCCCUUCGCCCACUGGCUAGCCUUUUCCAACUCCUCUGUCAACCCCAUCAUCUACGGAUACUUCAACGAGAACUUCAAGAGGGGCUUCCAGGCCGUCUGCCAGACCAACUCUUGUUGCCGCACAGGGAAUAGGGGUGAGGUAACGGGAAGGGGAACUAGGGAAGGUAGAGCAAGAGGUGGGGCUAAUGGUGGAUUGGAUGGAGGCGGACUGAGGGAUCCCACAAGCAACCCCAAUCCUCUCUUGUUUGGGGCAAGAAACAAAGUAUACACCGACGGUAAUGUGGCAGACUCUGUGCUCCUUGAGCUGGAGUUGAAGAAGAAUUCUAAGGUGGGAAGCAACAUAGUCCAUGUUGAGGGCAUGGGGACUGGGGCGAGUGGAGGAAUGGGAAUUGGCUAUGUGAUGAACAAAAAGGGGAUUCAUGUUGAGGAGCCCACCAGCCCAAUGGGAGUGUGUCAGGCCUGGGAUCAUUAGUGGGGAUUGAAACCAUGGAGGUGAUUUCAGCAUCCCUUAUGAAUAGAAAAGAUAGGCACAGUCUUAUUUAAUUUUUCAGAUGGUGUGGUAUGUGGACUCAAGUCAACAUUAAAUUAGACCACAUGACAAACUUUGAUCUUGGAGUCUUUCUAAGAUCCCUCUAACCACUAAAAAAAGACCUGGGCCCGUAUCCACAAAGUGUCUGAAUAGAAAAUUGGUCAUAAUAAGUGCUGAGAAUAGACAUCCCACUGGGCGCACACUGGUUGAAUCAACGUUGUUUCAACGUAAUUUGUCAACGCGUUGUGCCGUGGAAUCAACGUAGAAAAUGCGUAGGAUUUUUUUUUUUAAGUCAUCAACCAGUACUGUUUAUCAACUUUCAACCAGCGUUGUAAACAUUGAAAUUAGAAUAAAACAAACUUAAAUACAUAGAUUAAACAACCUAUUGGUCAGGUUAUGUCAAUCUAAUGCCAACGUAAUCAUCAUGUCUACUUUAAACUGGGUUAAAUUCUACAUAGAAAUGUUAAUCUUUUUCAUCCUAUAUUCAAUAUACACUGCUCAAAAAAAUAAAGGGAACACUUAAACAACACAAUGUAACUCCAAGUCAAUCACACUUCUGUGAAAUCAAACUGUCCACUUAGGAAGCAACACUGAUUGACAAUAAAUUUCACAUGCUGUUGUGCAAAUGGAAUAGACAAAAGGUGGAAAUUAAAGGCAAUUAGCAAGACACCCUCAAAAAAGGAGUGAUUCUGCAGGUGGUGACCACAGACCACUUCUCAGUUCCUAUGCUUCCUGGCUGAUGUUUUGGUCACUUUUGAAUGCUGGCGGUGCUCUCACUCUAGUGGUAGCAUGAGACGGAGUCUACAACCCACACAAGUGGCUCAGGUAGUGCAGCUCAUCCAGGAUGGCACAUCAAUGCGAGCUGUGGCAAGAAGGUUUGCUGUGUCUGUCAGCGUAGUGUCCAGAGCAUGGAGGCGCUACCAGGAGACAGGCCAGUACAUCAGGAGACAUGGAGGAGGCCGUAGGAGGGCA